AUGGCGCAGGGUACCGUAUGGCGCAGGGUACUGUGUGGCACAGGGUACCGUGUGGCACAGGGUACUGUGGCGCAGGGUACCGUGUGGCACAGGGUACCGUGUGGCACAGGGUACCCUGUGGCACAGGGAGAGGCGAAAAAUCUUGUCCUUCGUAACCAUGGAACCUCAGGUCAACGGGAUGUUUACUGUUCAAUAUCACUGGACCAAGAAGAAAUAUUUAGAUCAGCGACGGCGGAAAAGACUUUAGAUCUGUCAGCAUUCUUCGGGGAAGAAUUUCAGUUUGACAUUCCACGAGAAUUCCGGUUUCUUUCAUUUUACCUGUACGACCGCGACCGCCCCAUGAAGACUGACAGAAUAAUGGGUAAAGUUUCCAUCAAGAAGGAUGACCUACACAAGUACAAUGGUAAAGAUCAGUGGUUCCCCAUCACGCCCGUCGAUGCUGAUUCUGAAGUUCAGGGGAAGGUGCAUGUUGCUCUGCGACUGCUGGUAGUCAGACACAUGAACGAUGGCUACCCACAACAUGUCCUUGAAGUCAAGAUACAGGAGUGCAGUGACUUAGCAAUAAUUAGUGGAUCUUGCGAUCCAUUUGCCAUAGUAACGAUGCUGUACACUAACAAGAAACAAGAGUCCAAGAGAACCAAGGUCAAGAAGAAGACCAUAUCACCACACUUUGAUGAAGUCUUCUUGUUUGAGCAGAACGGUCAGAGAGGUGGGAGUCAAGAGCGUGACAACAUGUACAGUCUGGUGGAUGAGGAUGCUGGCUUCCAGGAAGUACGUGUAGCACUGUGGCACGACUCUCCUGCUGUCUUUGGUAAUGUUUUCCUGGGAGAAGUGAAGAUACCCCUCAGUGAUAUGCUUCCCACCCAUGAACACAAUGCAUGGUACUUCCUUCAGCCCAGAGAGUCAGCAGGGAAGCAUCAGCGUGCAGACUUGGGAACUCUACGGCUUAAUAUAUACUAUACCUCCGAUCACGUGUUUUCUAGUCAGUCAUAUGACUCUCUGCGCAACCUCAUCCUCCAGAGUACUGGGGUGGAGCCCAUCACAUCAUCUGUGGCAUGGUUGCUGGGAGAGGUGGUACCACAGAAGCAAGAUGUAGUACAACCGCUCACCCGGGUCUUCCUCCAUCAUGGUCAAGUGGUCCCCUUCGUCUCAGCCUUUGCAAGACAUGAAAUAUCUAAGAUCACGGAUACUAAUACCAUCUUCCGUGGCAACACGCUUGUUUCCAAGUGUAUUGAUGAGUUGAUGAAGCUGGUUGGUCACCACUACCUGCGCUCAACGCUCAAACCCACACUCGAUCUCAUCUUCCGUGAGCGUAAACCUUGUGAGAUCGACCCAACCAAACUACAGCAAGGAGAAAGUCGAGAAGCAAACCUAACUAAUCUUAAGGAAUAUAUCAGUCUCAUCUUAAAGGCCAUCAUCAACUCAGCACUCAACUGUCCGCCAGUCAUGUGCCAAAUAUUCUCAGAACUCAAGGAACUAGCCAACACUUACUUUCCAAAUGAGCGAGAAGUGCGUUACUCAGUGAUAUCCGGCUUCGUCUUCCUCAGGUUCUUCGCUCCAGCAAUACUCUAUCCCAAGUUGUUUGACCUCACUACUGAACAAAUAGAUUCAUCAACUCAUCGAACACUAACAUUGUUGAGCAAGACGGUUCAGAGUGUGGGCAACCUGGUCAGUUCUCGCACCUCACACCACAACUUCCGGGAGAGUUACAUGCGGGAAGUGUUUGGUCACUGUGUGACUGACAAACAUGUGGAAGGCAUGCGUACGUUCCUGGAGAUCAUCUCAUCGAUGCCCAAUGGAAGCCAUAAAGCCUAUGAUACCCCAGUUAUACUGAAGGAAGGAAUAAUGAUCAAGCGAGCGCAAGGAAGAAAAAAAUUUGGAAUCAAGAAUUUUAAAACUCGCUUCUUCAGACUAACUACCCACAACCUGUCUUACUCUAAGACUGAAGGUGGUGUUCCGCUCUGUGUCAUCCCAGUUGAUGAGAUUCUUGCUGUGGAGAGAGUUGAGGAAUCUUCGUUCAAAAUAAAAAAUAUGUUCCAGCUUGUUCAACCAAGUAGAACACUUUACAUCCAGGCAAUGAACUGUGUGGAAGAGAAGGAAUGGUUGAACCUGCUGACGAAAGUCUGUCAGUACAACAGUCACCGCUUGAAGCAGUACCAUCCUGGUGCUUAUAUUAACUGUGUGUGGCUCUGUUGCAGGUCAACUAGUGAACAAGCACCAGGUUGCAGUGCUGUCUCAAACUACCUGGAAUGUGACCUCAAGAUUUACAUAGACAGCGACCGUGAGAUGGAACGACUGAGGUCGUUACUUAUGGAGAACAUGGCUACCUUGGAGAAGCUUCAUAGUGUAUGUGAGAGUGCAGUCAUGUAUGGAGGUUCCCGGGAGUUGAACCUGGGAGGUGUCAUUGUGGACAACCCAACAGUGUCGUUGAAGUCGCUCACUUCAGUCAUUACCAGCGUCAUUCAGCUGCAACAAGAACAUCGCAACCAUCAACAACGACUACUACGAACACUAACAUAUGGAUCAAAACAAGCUCCGAUUGGUGAUGACAAUUAUCUGCUUCUGGCAUCUAGUAUUGCAAAGUUCGACUCCAGUACAAGUGGAACUGAGGUGACAGUUCCAGUUCGCAAAACAUCGAGCAGUCCAUGCUGACCCUACAAAGUUCAACUCCAGUACAAGUGGAAGUGAGGUGACAGUUCCAGUUCGCCAAACAUCGAGCAGUCCAUGCUGACCUUACAAAGUUCAACUCCAGUACAAGUGAAAUGGAAGUGAAGUGAUGGUUCCAGUUUGCAGAACAUCAAGCAGUCCAUGCUGAACUUACAAAGUUCACCUGCAGUACAAAUGGAAGUCCAUGCUGGCUGUGUGUACUGUCCAUGAAAUAAUUGUUAGUUACUGAUGUUAUGUGAUUGUAACAGUGUAACUGUCUUGGGGGUGUGUGCUUCAGUUGAUGUUAUGUGAUUGUAACAGUGUAACUGUGUCUAGGUGUGGUAGUGAGGUUGAUGGUUCAGAUGAGGAUAUUGAUGUUAGCUCUGCAAGUGUCUCUCCAUUGGUAGAGAGAUAAUGUCAGGUCUUGCCACACUGUUGGUUCAUGCCCCCAGCACUAACACAUGAUGACAGUUCAGUUCAGCAUGUUUGUGAAUGGGUAACUAGAAUGCAAGUUUCACCACAUGAAAACAGUGUGAUGAAUACUAGUAAUGGAAGCAGUGUCCUCACACACUAAACUGCUGCUGUAUCCACUAGGUUAUCCAGUGUACAAAACAAGUAUGUUGAAUAAUAGUAAUGGAAGUAGUGUCCUCACACAAUAAACUGCUGCUGUAUCCACUAGGUUAUCCAGUGUACAAAACAAGUAUGUUGAAUAAUAGUAAUGGAAGCAGUGUCCUCACACACUAAACUGCUGCUGUAUCCACUAGGUUUCCCAGUGUACAAAACAAGUAUGUUGAAUAAUAGUAAUGGAAGUAGUGUCCUCACACACUAAACUGCUGCUGUAUCCACUAGGUCUCCCAGUGUACAAAAUCUUGUAAACCUGAUUGUUGGAGUCAGCUUUGUUAAGGUGUCACAGGUGUACCUGACAGGUGUGAUGGACAUGUCAUUUGUACUGUAUUUCAGAAGGAUUUAAAUGAUUUGCUGUAACAGUACUGAAUGUUGACUGUAGUAUGAACUCAGACACUAUUUUCAUCAUUAUAGCUCUGCAGUAAAAUGAAAAUGGAUUGAAUAUAAGUAAGUAAGUAAGUUUAUUCAGGUAUACACAAAUACAGUUACAUAGAAUUAUCAUACAUAGCAGUAUAUGUGUAGAGAACCUGGGAUAACCCAUAGAGGUAGGGUAAAACAGAAAAAAGUAAACACAUUCACACCAUCAUUCUGUCAGUCCCUGUCUUUGCAGAAGUGUAUUGACAUUAUUGUAAAGGUGAACCUUCAACUGCAGCAUCCUCAUCUCUCCUUCAGGGUUCUAGCACUGUACUUCUUACCUCCAGGGCUAUAACAUUUCCACACAUCCUUCAGAGUACAGGCACUGUACUUCCUACCUCAUGGACUGUAAUACCCUCACUUAUCCUUCAGAUCCUAGUGGGUUUAGCACUUGGUUUUGAUUAUAAUAAUAAUCAGCCUUCGGAGUGCAAGCACUGUACUACCCACCUCUAGGACUAUAACAUCACUCUUCCUUCAGAGUGCAAGCACUGUACUACCCACCUCUAGGACUAUAACAUCACUCUUCCUUCAGAGUGCAAGCACUGUACUACCCACCUCUAGGACUAUAACAUCACUCUUCCUUCAGAGUGCAUGUACUGUACUACCCACCUCUAGGACUAUAACAUCACUCUUCCUUCAGAGUGCAUGUACUGUACUACCCACCUCUAGGACUAUAACAUCACUCUUCCUUCAGAGUGCAUGUACUGUUAUCCCAGUGAGUUUAUCCAAAUUAUGUUUUCAUGUAGGAGGCUUGAGUGGUGGUGUUCCUCUAUAGUGGACUCUGAACAGCAGGUGAAGCCUUCACUCUCAUGUGUAAGGAACAUUAUGUUCAUAAGAGUUUUUACUGUGGAUGGUUGAGCCAGUACUGUGUUUAACCCUUAAACUGUCCAAACAGAUCUAACAUUCACAUGCGUAGUGCUCCAAAAGUAGAUCUAUGUUUUUUUUUUUACAUUUUUUUUUUCAACAAGUCGGCCGUCUCCCACUGAGGCAGUGUGACCCAAAAGAGAAAGAAAAUCCCCAAAAAGAAAAUACUUUCAUCAUCAUUCAACACUUUCACCUCACUCACACAUAAUCACUGUUUUUACAGAGGUGCUCAGAAUACAACAGCUUAGAAGUAUAUACGUAUAAAAAUACGCAAUAUAUCUCUCCAAACACACACAUUUAUUUAUCUCUCCAAACUGCCAAUAUUCCAAACCCUUCCUUUGGAGUGCAGGCACUCCAGGACUCAAGUCCGGUUAUAUAAAAUAACCGGUUUCCCUGAAUCCCUUCACUAAAUAUUACCCUGCGCACACUCCAACAGAUCGUCAUAUUUUCAAAUAUAACAAAAAAAAAAAAUGUAUAAGUUUUUUACAAGUUUUCAAAUUAAAAAAAAAAAAAAAGAAGGUCUACGUUUUUUUACAUACUUUCAAAUGUUAAAAAAACGUAGAUGUACAUUUGGACAGUUUAAGGUUUAACACACAUCUUCAAGAACUAACCACACCACUAGUUAUUCCAAGUACCAGAUCAACCAGGCUGUGGUGACUAUGGAGAAAAGUUACACAAAUUGUGUAUAAUGUGAUAUUUUAUAGUGAAAGGAUUGCAUAAUACUUCAUUUGUGUCAUUUUUCAUUGUGUUGGUAUUUAUAUUGUUUAUUUUUGUUGUUAUGGGGCCAACAGGCCACUAACAACAACAGCCUGAAUUAACAGACAAGGAAGAGGUAAGCUUGGCUGCACAGUAAGAUUAAGCAGAAGCUUAAAGCUGGUGAGAUGUAUGUGAGAGGUGAGUGGAAACACUCACCAGUAUUCCUACCAAAUUCAUUAAUUUAAUAAUGUACAUGGACUAUGACUAUGAUGGUUAUCCUCUUGACUUAUGGAUGCUGCUGUGAGGUUCAGUCCAUUGCUACACCUUUCUGACCAGUCUGAAAAUUGGUACCAGUAUAAGAGGUACAAUAGACUGAUAUUUGUGCAAAUUAUUGACCCAUUAAUAUAUAGAAGGUGUCAAGGUUACAAGCACUCAAAGUUACAAACUUUGGCAAGUGCAAAACCAGUUUAAGUUCCACAAGCAGUGAGCAGCAGUUACCAACGUGUUUCAGACAUGGCCGUCCACUCUAGUUUGUUUUCUAUACAUAAAAACUUUCUGUAAGUUGAAAGGAAAACAAUCUUUAGGCUUGAAUAUCAAGAAACUUCAAGUUGAGAAAGUCACUGGAACUGCAACUUAUAAGUUAUUGUAUGUUCUAUAUAUGAGAAUGAUUAUUUAUGUUCAAGAUAAUUCAUUAUGUUAGGUAAAAGUACACAUGUGCAACUAAUUCAUCACUUUUAUUGUGGGAAUGUUUUGGUGCAGGAGCUGCUGGAGAGCACAACAUUACCACAGUAAAUGUCACAUUAGUUACACGUGUCUUGUUAUCCAAGAUGUUGUGGCUAAUUCUACCAACAUUAUUAUAAUUCAUUAACUGACCUAUCAUCUUCACUAUAUUGUGAGGUAUGUAUAAUGCAAAGUGUAAUGUUUAAAAUUGUGUGUAUCAUUCCACUAACAUUAUUUGUUGAGCAUGUUUGUAAUGCUCUUGCAACAUACAAAUAAUACUAUAGGUAAUUGCUAGAAAAUGAACAUUUUACACAGAUUGUUACAGCAUUUCAGCCCAUGUCAAAUGAAACAGAUAUAGGCAGUAUUUUAUUCCAUAAAAGAUGGAAUAAAGAGUGUAACUUAACAAUUAUAAUGCAGAAAGGUAAUGAUGAAGAAUGAUAAUGACAAAUAAUGAUGAAGGGUAAUGAUGAAGGGUAAUAAUGGACCAAACAUAAUAUAAUAUAAUUGUUAAUAAACUAUUUUCUCUAAAUAGGUUAUACAUUGAGGCUAUGACCAAGAAUUUUAUAGUAUAUAAGUUAGGAUAAAUAUUUGUUAUUUAGUUUUAUAAGUGAUAACUGCUGGUCAAGAUAAAUGUUCUCUUUACUUUUGUUUAUGACAAGUAUUGAAGGUUUGACUUUAUUGUCACUCAUGUCACUUUACUGGUUGUAAAGUUUACACUUCACCUCUGAAGUGAUCAUUUAGUGUUGCAGGUACAGUACUGUAGUGACAACACUUGUAGCAGUGUUGCAGGUACAGUACUGUAGUGACAACACUUGUAGCAGUGUUGCAGAUACAGUACUGUAGUGACAACACUUGUAGCAGUGUUGCAGGUACAGUACUGUAGUGACAACACUUGUAGCAGUGUUGCAGGUACAGUACUGUAUGUGACAACACUUGUAGCAGUGUUGCA